AUGCUGUCAGCCCUUCAGCAAAUUAAUUCACUCAGCAAAUAUUUACUUGCCCGGCUGUAUUCUGGAGACAAGAACAGGAAGGCAGCGGCGGGAAGUAGGAAAUUUCUGCUUAGCAGGGAACGCUGCAGCCUUUCUGUGUACGGAGGAUUCAGGGACGUGCCUGCGAUGGGCCAAGGUGUAUUCUGGACAGUGGCGAUACCACGGAUAAAAGGGGCAAAAAGAGCCCUCGUAGGCGUUCAGAGCUGGCAGGAAAGAGAGAAGUGCAUGUCGCCGUUGUUCACUCCGGAGGCCAGCAGCCACCGUGUCGCGAAGAUACUCAAGAAGCCCUAG